GCGCGGCUUCCUGUGCGGACUGAAGAUGGCCGCAGAUGGAGGCGCUCUGAAGGAUAUCAAUGAGAUUAAAUCGCAGUUCCGGACCCGCGAGGGAUUCUACAAGCUGCUCACCCUCUCGGACUCUCAGCAGCGGGCCGGGCUGCCGCGGGGCCCCUCGGCGGGCGGCGGCGCCGGUGUUGGGCUGGUGCAGGGGCCCGGGGCCGCCAACUCCUCUCCGGGCUUCCUCCCGCCGGUGCGGGUGUCGAUGGUGAAGCUGAAGCCCGAGGAUCCCAGCGAGGAUUCGGAGCGAGUGUGCUUCAACAUCGGCAGGGAACUUUACUUCUACACCUACACGAACAUCAAGAAGGCAGUGGAUCUCAGUAAGCCCAUAGACAAGCGCAUCUAUAAGGGAACUCAGCCCACCUGUCAUGACUUUAAUCAGUAUUCGGCCACGGCUGACAGCGUGGCUCUGAUCGUGGGCUUCUCCGCAGGACAGGUGCAGUACCUCGACCCCAUCAAGAAGGAGACCAGCAAGCUCUUCAACGAGGAGAGGCUGAUAGAUAAAUCGAAGGUGACGUGUCUCAAGUGGCUUCCGAAGUCGGAGAACCUCUUCCUCGCGUCUCACGCCAGCGGUCACCUCUACCUCUAUAACGUGGAGCACCCAUGUGGCACCACCGCGCCGCAGUACUGUCUGCUCCGUCAAGGCGAGGGCUUCGCAGUUUACGCCUGCAAGACCAAAACGCCCCGUAACCCGCUGCUCCGCUGGGCAGUUGGCGAGGGAGGGCUUAACGAAUUUGCCUUCUCGCCCGACGGCGUUCAUGUAGCCUGCGUCGGUCAAGACGGCUGCUUGCGCGUUUUUCACUUCGACUCGAUGGAGCUUCAAGGCGUGAUGAAGAGCUACUUUGGUGGGCUUCUCUGCGUCUCCUGGAGCCCCGAUGGGAAGUAUCUCGCAACGGGCGGAGAAGACGAUUUAGUGACGGUUUGGUCGUUCGCAGAGAGUCGCGUCGUCGCGCGCGGACACGGCCACAAGUCGUGGGUCAACGUCGUCGCGUUCGACCCGUUCACGACGAAACUGGAGGACGAGGAGCCGAUGGAGCUCAGCGGCAGCGAGGAGGAUUUCCAGCAGGGGGCGCUGCAAUUCGGCCGCGUGCGAACCAGCAGCACGCUCUCGCGACUUUCGCGGCACAGCUCCAAAGGCGGAGCUUCGUCCGUGUCGUACCGCUUCGGAUCGGUUGGGCAAGACACGCAGUUCUGUUUGUGGGAUCUGACGGACGACGUUCUGUAUCCGCGGCUUCCGCUCUCCCGCGCGAUUACGAAUACCUUCGGUCCUACGAUCACGAGUGGAAGCAGCGGAGUCGAAGGUCACCAUCAUCCCUCAAACCCUCAUCAGACGUCGACGUUGCCGCUGCCUUUGCCUCGCUCGCUGUCGCGCUCCAAUUCCCUUCCGCAUCCCGCCGUCGCAAACACCUCCAAAAGCCAGGGGGCGACGGAGAGCAGCGUUACGAGCGGCGGAGGAGGAGGAGGAGGCGGAGGAGCGCUGUGUCCGCGCAUGAACGAGGUGCCGCUGCUGGAGCCGCUGGUGUGCAAGAAAAUCGCCCACGAGCGGCUCACCGUGCUCGUCUUCAUGAACGACUGCAUCAUCACGGCGUGUCAGGAAGGACUCAUCUGCACUUGGGCCAGACCCGGGAAAGCGCACCCGUCUCAGCCGCUGUCAGCACAGAACGGAAACUCUCCGAGCGGGACGGUGGUAUAGCCGAAGCCUCAUUCCCAGAGCCGAUUCCCGUGUCUGCAUCCGGAGCCGGUCCAUCACAGCGUCACCAUUCACCCGUCCACUGAAUCCUUACCAAACCACGCACUUGAGUUCACAUGAACGUAAACACACACCGGGACCAUGCUGCACCGCUGCGACGCACCACGGCUCUCUCAUGCAGACAGACUGCGAGACUCUUCUGCUGGCCUCUUCUCUAGCCGCGUUCACUGCAAAAGCCACGGCCUUUUUAUUUCCUAUUUAUUUAUUUGAUCAUCGAGACUUCUAUUGUACAUAUUCAGACUACUCUAUAACGGCAGAGGACGUGUAUUGAAAUAAUGAACUCAAGUAAUUAAUAUAUGAAGAUCCUAUAUUGUACAUAGUGACACAUGCAUUGAAUGUGGAUUGACGAGUUCUUGUUCUAGUGUGCUGGUGCUUCAUAAGUGGCGAUCUGGCUGAGAAAGUGCAUCCUUUGCUUUGGCAUCGGGCCUGAACUGAGAGUUACGUGCAUUUGUUCGACUGCUAGACUCGAGUUUUCCACUUCAUAGAUUACUAGAGAGGUGAGGUUAGUGUCGUCUAGAAAUGGUGUCAAAUGGUAGGCAAGGUAUAUGAACCGUGAAAGUGAGAUUUUAUAUAUUUACUAAGUUUUUGCUAAGCAAACAACGUCACCGCUGAAUGAAAACGGACGUUUGUGCCAUUCUCAAGUGACUGUUUAGAGUGUUUAAAGUGGAUCUCUUAAAAUUUGCCUUGUUGAACGCAAGACUGUGACUGUGGAAGCCCAUUUCUGCCACGGAAUAAAAAAUAAAAAUGGCUAU